UUAAGACGCCGUUCGCUGGAGAAUAAUUUGAUGGGAUAAUUGAAUACCGAAAUUGCUGGAUUUCAGAAACAUUCAAAUCACCCAUCAAGUAUGGAAUGGAGUUUUUGGAUGCCUUUUAAAGAAAUAAGAAUAGAAACGAUACGAAUUGAACAAGCUUGUCUCGCAGUAAGUGAUGUUCAAAAUAUAUUGGUCAAUGCCCAUGCUGUGCAGAAGUCUACUACAAUCCCGUAAUGAAACAUUCUGUUGGAUUCUUUAAGCUCAAGAGCAAUGAAGCUAAAAGAAUAUCUGAUCAAAGUAAAAGAAGAAAUUAAAGAACGACAUUUUUGGAAAAGUGUUCGUUGUGAGUUUCUUGGAACUUUGCUGUAUGUUUUGUUUGGAUGCGCAGCAACGGUUACUUGGAACGCAGAUAAUCACGACCCUCACAAAAUUAUCCGGAUCAGUCUUAGUUUUGGAUUCAUUGAAUAUAUUCUGGUUUCUGCUCUUAGUCAUGCCAGUGGAUCACAAUUUAACCCAGUUAUUACAAUAUCAUUGCUUUGCACUAAAUAUAUAACUUUCUUUAGAGCAACGUGUUACAUUUUUGUGCAACUUAUCGCGGGAAUCAUAUCAUCUGCAAUUUUAUACGGAUUGGUACCGGAUUAUUCGCGAGAUGAAUUUGGAAUCAACAUUAUUAAUUCGGAUGUAUCUCGUGGACAAGCCUUUGGAAUUGAAUUUCUUGGAACGUUUUUGUUUGUUUUUGCUUAUUUCUCUUCAUUGAGGAAGAAAAACGAUAAGCUGAUACCCAAAGCUCUACCUUCUGGUGUCUCGAUCGCAUCUGCUCACCUUUUUGCA